AUGACGAUAAAAGUUCUCAGAGGUGUUCGCAGUUCGCCCACCUUAGCCACCAUGGGGCUAAGAGUUGCCAGCCUUUUUAUGCUCUGGCUGGCGCUUUCCUAUGCGAGUGAAAUAAAAAAAGGUAGGACAAGAAGCCACGUCCACUAUGUCUGCAGCACUUGGGGGAACAACCAUUUCAAAACUUUUGAUGGAGACAUCUAUCAGUUUCCUGGUUUUUGUGAAUAUAAUUUUGCUUCUGACUGCCGAGAGUCUUACAGGGAGUUCUCUGUCCAAAUUCAGCGUGCUCUGAACAGUGAUAACCAUCCUGUGAUCCAGUACAUUCUGAUAACAGUCAAGGACUUCACAGUGUACCUCACAUCAAAACUGGCUGUGGUAGAUGGGCAGAUUGUCACAACACCAUACUACAGCUCUGGUGUGUUCAUUGAGAGCAAUGACAUUUACACCAAGGUUUAUGCCAGAUUAGGCCUGAUUCUGAUAUGGAAUCAGGAGGAUGCACUGAUGGUGGAGCUGGACAGCAAAUUCAAUAACUAUACAUGUGGUCUUUGUGGGGAUUACAAUGGCAUUCCAAUCUACAAUGAAUUUAUUAGUGGAGUCACAAGCUACAAUUCAAUUACAUAUGGGAAUUUACAGAAGAUCAGCAAACCCAAUGACGAUUGUGAGGAUCCUGAUGAAACCCAGGCUCUUCCAAGCUGUAACGACCAUCGUGAUGAGUGUGAGAGUUUGCUAACUUCUUCUGCAUUUGCUGAUUGUCAUUCACGCCUCAAUGUGGAAACGUAUGUCCAAGCCUGCAUGCAGGACAAGUGUGCCUGUAAUGGAAGUGAGGACUCCUUCUGCCUCUGCAGCACCAUCUCUGAGUAUUCUCGCCAGUGUUCACAUGCAGGUGGUCGGCCGGGUGAAUGGAGGACAGAGCAGUUUUGCCCCAAGACCUGUCCUGGUAACAUGGUCUAUAGAGAAAGCAGCUCACCCUGCAUGGAUACUUGUUCACACUUGCAGAUCAGCAGCCUUUGUGAAGAGCACUACAUGGAUGGUUGUUUCUGCCCUGAAGGAACUGUGUAUGAUGAUAUCACUGAGAAGGGCUGUAUACCUGUUAGCGAGUGCCCCUGCAAGCUCCACGGAGAGGGAUAUUCACCUGGGCAAAACAUCACCGGUCAAUGUGAAGAAUGCAUCUGUGAUUCAGGUAGAUGGACAUGCAAGGAUUUAUCCUGUCCAGGCACAUGUUCAGUGGAAGGAGGUUCUCAUAUUACCACCUUUGAUGAGAAGAAAUACACCUUCCAUGGAGACUGCUACUACGUAUUGGCCAAGGGUACUGCUAAUGACUCUUACGUCCUACUGGCAGAACUGGCUCCCUGUGGCUUCACAGACUGGCACACCUGCUUGAAGACUGUUGUGUUGCUAACAGACCAGAAGAAAAACGUGGUGGUUUUCAGAUCAGAUGGCAGUGUGUUACUGAAUGAGAUUACAGUGAACGUGCCUCAUGUGUCAGCCAGCUUCUCAGUUUUCCAGCCGUCUUCCUACUACCUCAUUGUACAAACUUCUUUUGGACUUCGGCUACGGAUCCAGUUGCUUCCAGUCAUGCAGCUGUUUGCGACUGUGGAUCCAUCAGCCAAAGAAAAUCUGGAAGGUCUUUGUGGGAAUUUUAAUGGAAUAGAAGGUGAUGACUUUCAAACAGCCAGUGGGCUGGUAGAAGCUACAGGAUCUGCCUUUGCUAACACAUGGAAAGCUCAGUCUACCUGUGCAGACAAGUCAGAAAGGCUGGAAGACCCCUGCAGUCUCAGCAUUGAAAGCGCAAAUUAUGCUGAGCAUUGGUGUUCUUUGCUGAAAAACUCAGAGGGUCCUUUUGCCAGAUGUCACUUAGUCAUUGAUCCUUCAGAAUAUUAUAAGAAAUGUAAAUAUGACACCUGCCUCUGCAAGGACAGUGAAGAAUGCUUGUGUGCUGCCCUGUCCGCUUACUCAACGGCCUGUGCUUUCAAAGGGAUCAUGCUGGGAGGCUGGAGACAAACUGUCUGCACUUAUGAAGAAUCUGCCUGCCCAGAAAACCAAAUCUUUCUUUACAAUCUUACAAUGUGCCAGCAAACCUGUCGUUCAGUUGCUGAGGGUGAAAAGUACUGCUUGCAAGACUUUAUUCCUGUGGACGGCUGUGGUUGCCCUGAUGAUACCUACUUAGACAAUCAGGAUACAUGCGUGCCCAUCUCCAAAUGCCCAUGUUACUACAAGGGGUCAUACCUAGAACCAGGGGAAUAUGUCACAAAAGAUGAAGAGCGUUGUGUUUGUCGAAAUGCAAAGCUCCAGUGCACUUCAGUGACUCUAAGAAUGGCAACAGAAUGUCCUUCUCACAAGACAUAUUUUGACUGCAACACAUUCCAGAACUGGACUUCACAAACACCUAUACAAGUUAGCUGUCAUACUCUUCGAACUGAUUAUUUCCAGGCAGAGUGUGUCUCAGGCUGUGUGUGUCCUCAAGGUCUGUUUGAUGACGGGAAAGGGGGCUGUGUUGAGGAGAAGGAUUGCCCAUGUAUUCAUAACAAUCAGUGGUAUUCUCAUGGAGAGGAAAUAACAGUGGACUGUAAAACCUGUAUCUGCCAAAGUGGAGGUUGGAGCUGUACUAAAGAUGGUGUGUGCUAUGGGACUUGUACCAUAUAUGGAAGUGGACAUUAUAUUACCUUUGAUGGAAAAUUCUAUGACUUUGAUGGGAGUUGUGAAUAUGUAGCUACUCAGGAUUUUUGUGGUGAGAAAAACUCUCGCAGUUCAUUCAGUAUCAUCACAGAGAAUGUCCUGUGUGGAACUACAGGAGUCACCUGCUCAAAGGCUAUUAAAGUGUUUCUAGGGAACACUGAACUGAAGUUGGAGAACAAGGAUUAUAAAGAAAUUCAGCGAGAUAUUGGUGAUGAGGUGCAUUACAGAAAAAGGACAGUUGGCCUCUACCUUGUUAUUGAGGCUAGCAAUGGUGUGAUGCUGAUCUGGGAUAAGAAGACUACUAUUUUCAUCAAGCUGACCGCUGAUUACCAAGGCAAAGUGUGUGGUCUCUGUGGCAACUUUGAUGGCAAGUCCAACAAUGACUUUACAACAAGGAGCGGACUGCAGGAGACUAGUGCUCUGGAGUUUGGGAAUUCCUGGAAGCAGUCUUACACCUGCCCAGAUGUCACGGAAGAGAUCCUGCCCUGCAGUGUGAAACCACAUCGCAAGUCCUGGGCAGAGAAAGAAUGCUACCUCAUCCGGAGUGCAGUCUUUGAAAUCUGUCACUCCAAGGUGGACCCAAAUCCAUUCUAUGAAGCUUGUAUUCAUGACGCCUGCUCUUGUGACAGUGGUGGAGAUUGUGAAUGCUUCUGUUCAGCAGUUGCUGCCUAUGCUCAAGAAUGUCUCAAGGCUGAGGCCUGUGUGUUCUGGAGAACUCCUGAUAUAUGCCCAAUAUUUUGUGACUACUACAACCCUCGUGAUGAGUGCGAGUGGCACUAUGAGCCUUGUGGCAGUGACAUCAUGACCUGCAAGAUGAUCAAUAAUGUUAGCACCAACUUCUCAGUACCAUACCUGGAAGGUUGCUACCCCAGAUGCCCUCCAGAGAAGCCCAUUUAUAAUGAAGAGACAAAGAAAUGCGAGACCAGAAAUGACUGUGGGUGUUACUUCAAUGAAAUUUAUUAUGAACCUGGGGAAGAAAUAUCUGUAGAAGAGAACUGUACAAGAUGUGUCUGUGUUUCUUCAGGAAUCACAAACUGUACAGCAAUCCAAGGCUGUCCUUGUGUGAUCAAUGGAACUAGAUAUGAAGUGGGAGAUCCCGUGGGGCAAAUAAAGGAAGGUGACAUCUGUACAAUAUAUGUGUGUGGAGAAAAUGGAUCUAUAGUUGUUGGAAGUAUUGUUCCUUGUCCGACAACUCUGCCUACAGUCUCUUCAACCUCCUUUAGCACUCCUACUGCCACAGCUCCAUGCUUUGGAUUAAUUUGUGACUGGACUGAGUGGUAUGAUGUUAGUACACCUGACGAAGGUGGUGGUGACUAUGAAACCUACGAUGCAAUAAGAAAUAGACUUGGAAAUGAAAUAUGUCAAGUUCCUGAAAAAAUUGAAUGCAGGGCUACGGAUAGUCCCGACCUAAGCUUAGAGGAACUUGGCCAGAAGGUGGAGUGUAAUGUUACGUAUGGACUAAUCUGUAAAAAUGAGGAGCAAAGUGGUAUCUGGCCUCUUUGCUAUAAUUAUGAAAUCAGGAUAAACUGCUGUGAGUGGCAGGAAGUUCCUUGUGAGACUACACAGAGUCCAACACCAACAGCAACUUUCACCACCACCAGCACAACAAUACUGACCACCACCACAACCCAGCAGCCAACGGUGACUACUACCACACCCAAACCUACCCCAGCCACCACAAGCAAGCCUACACCACCAUCUACUACCCCAGUAGUUUCAACCACCACAGGAUCCUGCGACUGCGCCUGGACUGACUGGAUCGAUGUGAGCUACCCGAGCGUGGGCACAGGUGGUGGCGAUGAUGAAUCCUAUGAGACUAUCCAGAAGCAUGACCCUACCUGGGUGUGCGCGAAGGCUGAGAACAUUUCGUGCAGAGCAAAGAGUUUCCCGGACGUUCCCAUUGAAGAGUUGGGGCAGAAAGUGGAGUGCGAUGUUAACAAAGGGUUCACCUGUAAGAAUAAGGACCAAGUGGCAGGGGGGGUGAUACCGAUGGCGGUCUGCCUCAAUUACGAGAUCAGCGUGUGCUGUGUGCCAAACAGGCCGGAGUGUGUUCCAAGCACCGUCCCCACCCCCGCCCCCCCAAGCACCACCACGGUCACUCUGCAUGUGUCGACAACCGCUCCCGCGCCAACGCCGUCAGAGGCUCCCACCAGCACAAGGCCGUCCAGCACCGCCUCCACCAGCGUCUCGCAGACGCCACCGCCGACGCCGACGAGCAUUUCGGGCACUCGGGCACCCACCCCAACCACUAUAAUCGGCACGCCCCCGCCUUCACCGACACCCACCCCCUCGCUAACGCCUCCAGCCUCAACAACUGGAGGAUCCUGCGACUGCGCCUGGACUGACUGGAUCGAUGUGAGCUACCCGAGCGUGGGCACAGGUGGUGGCGAUGAUGAAUCCUAUGAGACUAUCCAGAAGCAUGACCCUACCUGGGUGUGCGCGAAGGCUGAGAACAUUUCGUGCAGAGCAAAGAGUUUCCCGGACGUUCCCAUUGAAGAGUUGGGGCAGAAAGUGGAGUGCGAUGUUAACAAAGGGUUCACCUGUAAGAAUAAGGACCAAGUGGCAGGGGGGGUGAUACCGAUGGCGGUCUGCCUCAAUUACGAGAUCAGCGUGUGCUGUGUGCCAAACAGGCCGGAGUGUGUUCCAAGCACCGUCCCCACCCCCGCCCCCCCAAGCACCACCACGGUCACUCUGCAUGUGUCGACAACCGCUCCCGCGCCAACGCCGUCAGAGGCUCCCACCAGCACAAGGCCGUCCAGCACCGCCUCCACCAGCGUCUCGCAGACGCCACCGCCGACGCCGACGAGCAUUUCGGGCACUCGGGCACCCACCCCAACCACUAUAAUCGGCACGCCCCCGCCUUCACCGACACCCACCCCCUCGCUAACGCCUCCAGCCUCAACAACUGGAGGAUCCUGCGACUGCGCCUGGACUGACUGGAUCGAUGUGAGCUACCCGAGCGUGGGCACAGGUGGUGGCGAUGAUGAAUCCUAUGAGACUAUCCAGAAGCAUGACCCUACCUGGGUGUGCGCGAAGGCUGAGAACAUUUCGUGCAGAGCAAAGAGUUUCCCGGACGUUCCCAUUGAAGAGUUGGGGCAGAAAGUGGAGUGCGAUGUUAACAAAGGGUUCACUUGUAAGAAUGAGGACCAAGUGGCAGGGGGGGUGAUACCGAUGGCGGUCUGCCUCAAUUACGAGAUCAGCGUGUGCUGUGUGCCAAACAGGCCGGAGUGUGUUCCAAGCACCGUCCCCACCCCCGCCCCCCCAAGCACCACCACGGUCACUCUGCAUGUGUCGACAACCGCUCCCGCGCCAACGCCGUCAGAGGCUCCCACCAGCACAAGGCCGUCCAGCACCGCCUCCACCAGCGUCUCGCAGACGCCACCGCCGACGCCGACGAGCAUUUCGGGCACUCGGGCACCCACCCCAACCACUAUAAUCGGCACGCCCCCGCCUUCACCGACACCCACCCCCUCGCUAACGCCUCCAGCCUCAACAACUGGAGGAUCCUGCGACUGCGCCUGGACUGACUGGAUCGAUGUGAGCUACCCGAGCGUGGGCACAGGUGGUGGCGAUGAUGAAUCCUAUGAGACUAUCCAGAAGCAUGACCCUACCUGGGUGUGCGCGAAGGCUGAGAACAUUUCGUGCAGAGCAAAGAGUUUCCCGGACGUUCCCAUUGAAGAGUUGGGGCAGAAAGUGGAGUGCGAUGUUAACAAAGGGUUCACCUGUAAGAAUGAGGACCAAGUGGCAGGGGGGGUGAUACCGAUGGCGGUCUGCCUCAAUUACGAGAUCAGCGUGUGCUGUGUGCCAAACAGGCCGGAGUGUGUUCCAAGCACCGUCCCCACCCCCGCCCCCCCAAGCACCACCACGGUCACUCUGCAUGUGUCGACAACCGCUCCCGCGCCAACGCCGUCAGAGGCUCCCACCAGCACAAGGCCGUCCAGCACCGCCUCCACCAGCGUCUCGCAGACGCCACCGCCGACGCCGACGAGCAUUUCGGGCACUCGGGCACCCACCCCAACCACUAUAAUCGGCACGCCCCCGCCUUCACCGACACCCACCCCCUCGCUAACGCCUCCAGCCUCAACAACUGGAGGAUCCUGCGACUGCGCCUGGACUGACUGGAUCGAUGUGAGCUACCCGAGCGUGGGCACAGGUGGUGGCGAUGAUGAAUCCUAUGAGACUAUCCAGAAGCAUGACCCUACCUGGGUGUGCGCGAAGGCUGAGAACAUUUCGUGCAGAGCAAAGAGUUUCCCGGACGUUCCCAUUGAAGAGUUGGGGCAGAAAGUGGAGUGCGAUGUUAACAAAGGGUUCACUUGUAAGAAUGAGGACCAAGUGGCAGGGGGGGUGAUACCGAUGGCGGUCUGCCUCAAUUACGAGAUCAGCGUGUGCUGUGUGCCAAACAGGCCGGAGUGUGUUCCAAGCACCGUCCCCACCCCCGCCCCCCCAAGCACCACCACGGUCACUCUGCAUGUGUCGACAACCGCUCCCGCGCCAACGCCGUCAGAGGCUCCCACCAGCACAAGGCCGUCCAGCACCGCCUCCACCAGCGUCUCGCAGACGCCACCGCCGACGCCGACGAGCAUUUCGGGCACUCGGGCACCCACCCCAACCACUAUAAUCGGCACGCCCCCGCCUUCACCGACACCCACCCCCUCGCUAACGCCUCCAGCCUCAACAACUGGAGGAUCCUGCGACUGCGCCUGGACUGACUGGAUCGAUGUGAGCUACCCGAGCGUGGGCACAGGUGGUGGCGAUGAUGAAUCCUAUGAGACUAUCCAGAAGCAUGACCCUACCUGGGUGUGCGCGAAGGCUGAGAACAUUUCGUGCAGAGCAAAGAGUUUCCCGGACGUUCCCAUUGAAGAGUUGGGGCAGAAAGUGGAGUGCGAUGUUAACAAAGGGUUCACCUGUAAGAAUAAGGACCAAGUGGCAGGGGGGGUGAUACCGAUGGCGGUCUGCCUCAAUUACGAGAUCAGCGUGUGCUGUGUGCCAAACAGGCCGGAGUGUGUUCCAAGCACCGUCCCCACCCCCGCCCCCCCAAGCACCACCACGGUCACUCUGCAUGUGUCGACAACCGCUCCCGCGCCAACGCCGUCAGAGGCUCCCACCAGCACAAGGCCGUCCAGCACCGCCUCCACCAGCGUCUCGCAGACGCCACCGCCGACGCCGACGAGCAUUUCGGGCACUCGGGCACCCACCCCAACCACUAUAAUCGGCACGCCCCCGCCUUCACCGACACCCACCCCCUCGCUAACGCCUCCAGCCUCAACAACUGGAGGAUCCUGCGACUGCGCCUGGACUGACUGGAUCGAUGUGAGCUACCCGAGCGUGGGCACAGGUGGUGGCGAUGAUGAAUCCUAUGAGACUAUCCAGAAGCAUGACCCUACCUGGGUGUGCGCGAAGGCUGAGAACAUUUCGUGCAGAGCAAAGAGUUUCCCGGACGUUCCCAUUGAAGAGUUGGGGCAGAAAGUGGAGUGCGAUGUUAACAAAGGGUUCACCUGUAAGAAUGAGGACCAAGUGGCAGGGGGGGUGAUACCGAUGGCGGUCUGCCUCAAUUACGAGAUCAGCGUGUGCUGUGUGCCAAACAGGCCGGAGUGUGUUCCAAGCACCGUCCCCACCCCCGCCCCCCCAAGCACCACCACGGUCACUCUGCAUGUGUCGACAACCGCUCCCGCGCCAACGCCGUCAGAGGCUCCCACCAGCACAAGGCCGUCCAGCACCGCCUCCACCAGCGUCUCGCAGACGCCACCGCCGACGCUGACGAGCAUUUCGGGCACUCGGGCACCCACCCCAACCACUAUAAUCGGCACGCCCCCGCCUUCACCGACACCCACCCCCUCGCUAACACCUCCAGCCUCAACAACUGGAGGAUCCUGCGACUGCGCCUGGACUGACUGGAUCGAUGUGAGCUACCCGAGUGUGGGCACAGGUGGUGGCGAUGAUGAAUCCUAUGAGACUAUCCAGAAGCAUGACCCUUCCUGGGUGUGCGCGAAGGCUGAGAACAUUUCGUGCAGAGCAAAGAGUUUCCCGGACGUUCCCAUUGAAGAGUUGGGGCAGAAAGUGGAGUGCGAUGUUAACAAAGGGUUCACCUGUAAGAAUGAGGACCAAGUGGCAGGGGGGGUGAUACCGAUGGCGGUCUGCCUCAAUUACGAGAUCAGCGUGUGCUGUGUGCCAAACAGGCCGGAGUGUGUUCCAAGCACCGUCCCCACCCCCGCCCCCCCAAGCACCACCACGGUCACUCUGCAUGUGUCGACAACCGCUCCCGCGCCAACGCCGUCAGAGGCUCCCACCAGCACAAGGCCGUCCAGCACCGCCUCCACCAGCGUCUCGCAGACGCCACCGCUGACGCCGACGAGCAUUUCAGGCACUCGGGCACCCACCCCAACCACUAUAAUCGGCACACCUCCGCCCUCUCCGAGUACUUCAGUAGUCACCACCACUAUCAAACCACCAGUAAUAAUCACCAAGACCCCAACGCCUCCUAUCCGUGAACCUCAAAAAACUGCAACCACUACUGCAAAAACAACAACGCACACCACUACUACUAUUACUCCUUCAGCUACAUCACUGCCAACAACUGCGAUUACAGAAAUAACACGUACAGUGUAUACUAAAACGACGACUACAAUACAGUCAAAACCCCCACGGUCAACAAGCCCACUGUCAGUCACGACAUCUGGAGUCACUGAAACGGGGUCCACCACAGAAGCCAGCACGCGUGGACCCACGUCCUCAGGAACAACCUCCCCCAGGACGCCGAUUGUAACAGGAGUGAGUAGCCCCCUAACAACCACGAGCACUGGGAGCCCUCCAACAGGAUCAGUUACUGCCACCACCACUACGGUGACGCCAUCAGAAACGUUGCCCCCAGUGUCCCCCACCACCUCCCGUCCAUCACCGCCAGUAGGGUCAACAAGCCCACUGUCAGUCACGACGUCUGGAGUCACUGAAACGGGGUCCACCACGGAACCCAGCACACGAGGACCCACGUCCUCAGGAGCAACUUUCACGAGUACGCCGAUUGUAACAGGAGCGAGUAGCCCCCUAACAACCACGAGCACUGGGAGCCCUCUGACAGGAUCGACCACCGCGACCACCGCUACGGUGACGCCAUCAGAAACAUUGCCCCCAUUGUCCCCCACCACCACGCGUCCAUCACCGCCACCAGGGUCAACAAGCCCCCUGUCAGUCACGACGUCUGGAGUCACUGAAACAGGGUCCACCACGGAAGCCACCACGCGCGGACCCACGUCCUCAGGAGCAACUUUCACGAGUACGCCGAUUGUAACAGGAGUGAGUAGCCCCCUAACAACCACGAGCACUGGGAGCCCUCCGACAGGAUCAGUUACCGCCACCACCGCUACAGUGACGCCAUCAGAAACGUUGCCCCCAUUGUCCCCCACCACCACGCGUCCAUCACCGCCACCAGGGUCAACAAGCCCCCUGUCAGUCACGACGUCUGGAGUCACUGAAACAGGGUCCACCACGGAAGCCACCACGCGCGGACCCACGUCCUCAGGAGCAACUUUCACGAGUACACCGAUUGUAACAGGAGUGAGUAGCCCCCUAACAACCACGAGCACUGGGAGCCCUCCGACAGGAUCAGUUACUGCCACCACCGCUACGGUGACACCAUCAGAAACAUUGCCCCCGUUGUCCCCCACCACCUCCCGUCCAUCACCACCAUCAGGGUCAACAAGCCCCCUGUCAGUCACGACGUCUGGAGUCACUGAAACGGGGUCCACCACGGAAGCCACCACGCGUGGAGCCACGUCCUCAGGAGCAACUUUCACGAGUACGCCGAUUGUAACAGGAACGAGUAGCCCCCUAACAACCACGAGCACUGGGAGCCCUCCGACAGGAUCGACCACCGCCACCACCGCUACAGUGACGCCAUCAGAAACAUUGCCCCCAUUGUCCCCCACCACCUCCCGUCCAUCACCGCCACCAGGGUCAACAAGCCCCCUGUCAGUCACGACAUCUGGAGUCACUGAAACGGGGUCCACCACGGAAGCCACCACGCGUGGACCCACGUCCUCAGGAGCAACUUUCACGAGUACGCCGAUUGUAACAGGAACGAGUAGCCCCCUAACAACCACGAGCACUGGGAGCCCUCCGACAGGAUCAGUUACCAUCACCACCGCUACGGUGACGCCAUCAGAAACGUUGCCCCCAUUGUCCCCCACCACCACGCGUCCAUCACCGCCACCAGGGUCAACAAGCCCACUGUCAGUCGUGACGUCUGGAGUCACUGAAACGGGGUCCACCACGGAAGCCACCACACGUGGACCCACAUCCUCAGGAACAUCUUUCACGAGUACGCCGAUUGUAACAGGAGUGAGUAGCCCCCUAACAACCAGAAGCACUGGGAGCCCUCCGACAGGAUCGACCACCGCCACCACCGCUACGGUGACGCCAUCAGAAACAUUGCCCCCAUUGUCCCCCACCACCACGCAUCCAUCACCGCCACCAGGGUCAACAAGCCCACUGUCAGUCACGACAUCUGGGGUCACUGAAACGGGGUCCACCACGGAAGCCACCACGCGUGGACCCACGUCCUCAGGAGCAACUUUCACGAGUACACCGAUUGUAACAGGAGUGAGUAGCCCCCUAACAACCACGAGCACUGGGAGCCCUCCGACAGGAUCAGUUACUGCCACCACUGCUACGGUGACGCCAUCAGAAACAUUGCCCCCAGUGUCCCCCACCACCUCCCGUCCAUCACCGCCACCAGGGUCAACAAGCCCCCUGUCAGUCACGACAUCUGGAGUCACUGAAACGGGGUCCACCACGGAAGCCACCACGCAUGGACCCACGUCCUCAGGAGCAACUUUCACGAGUACGCCGAUUGUAACAGGAACGAGUAGCCCGCUAACAACCACGAGCACUGGGAGCCCUCCGACAGGAUCAGUUACCAUCACCACCGCUACGGUGACGCCAUCAGAAACGUUGCCCCCAGUGUCCCCCACCACCACGCGUCCGUCACCGCCACCAGGGUCAACAAGCCCACUGUCAGUCACGACGUCUGGAGUCACUGAAACGGGGUCCACCACAGAAGCCACCACGCGUGGACCCACGUCCUCAGGAACAGCCUCCCCCAGGACGCCGAUUGUAACAGGAGUGAGUAGCCCCCUAACAACCACGAGCACUGGGAGCCCUCCGACAGGAUCAGUUACUGCCACCACCACUACGGUGACGCCAUCAGAAACGUUGCCCCCAUUGUCCCCCACCACCACGCGUCCAUCACCGCCACCAGGGUCAACAAGCCCCCUGUCAGUCACGACGUCUGGAGUCACUGAAACGGGGUCCACCACGGAAGCCACCACACGUGGACCCACAUCCUCCGGAACAUCUUUCACGAGUACGCCGAUUGUAACAGGAGUGAGUAGCCCCCUAACAACCAGAAGCACUGGGAGCCCUCCGACAGGAUCGACCACCGCCACCACCGCUACGGUGACGCCAUCAGAAACAUUGCCCCCAUUGUCCCCCACCACCACGCGUCCAUCACCACCACCAGGGUCAACAAGCCCCCUGUCAGUCACGACGUCUGGAGUCACUGAAACGGGGUCCACCACGGAAGCCACCACGCGCGGACCCACGUCCUCAGGAGCAACUUUCACGAGUACGCCGAUUGUAACAGGAGUGAGUAGCCCCCUAACAACCACGAGCACUGGGAGUCCUCCGACAGGUUCAGUUACCACCACCACUGCUACGGUGACGCCAUCAGAAACAUUGCCCCCAUUGUCCCCCACCACCUCCCGUCCAUCACCGCCACCAGGGUCAACAAGCCCACUGUCAGUCACGACGUCUGGAGUCACUGAAACAGGGUCCACCACGGAAGCCACCACGCGCGGACCCACGUCCUCAGGAGCAACUUUCACGAGUACGCCGAUUGUAACAGGAGUGAGUAGCCCCCUAACAACCAGAAGCACUGGGAGCCCUCCAACAGGUUCAGUUACCGCCACCACCGCUACGGUGACGCCAUCAGAAACAUUGCCCCCAUUGUCCCCCACCACCUCCCGUCCAUCACCGCCACCAGGGUCAACAAGCCCACUGUCAGUCACGACAUCUGGAGUCACUGAAACGGGGUCCACCACGGAAGCCACCACGCGUGGACCCACAUCCUCAGGAACAUCUUUCACGAGUACGCCGAUUGUAACAGGAGUGAGUAGCCCCCUAACAACCACGAGCACUGGGAGCCCUCUGACAGGAUCGACCACCGCGACCACCGCUACGGUGACGCCAUCAGAAACGUUGCCCCCAUUGUCCCCCACCACCACGCGUCCAUCACCACCACCAGGGUCAACAAGCCCCCUGUCAGUCACGACGUCUGGAGUCACUGAAACGGGGUCCACCACGGAAGCCACCACACGUGGACCCACAUCCUCAGGAACAUCUUUCACGAGUACGCCGAUUGUAACAGGAGUGAGUAGCCCCCUAACAACCAGAAGCACUGGGAGCCCUCCGACAGGAUCGACCACCGCCACCACCGCUACGGUGACGCCAUCAGAAACAUUGCCCCCAUUGUCCCCCACCACCACGCAUCCAUCACCGCCACCAGGGUCAACAAGCCCACUGUCAGUCACGACAUCUGGGGUCACUGAAACGGGGUCCACCACGGAAGCCACCACACGUGGACCCACGUCCUCAGGAGCAACUUUCACGAGUACACCGAUUGUAACAGGAGUGAGUAGCCCCCUAACAACCACGAGCACUGGGAGCCCUCCGACAGGAUCAGUUACUGCCACCACUGCUACGGUGACGCCAUCAGAAACAUUGCCCCCAGUGUCCCCCACCACCUCCCGUCCAUCACCGCCACCAGGGUCAACAAGCCCCCUGUCAGUCACGACAUCUGGAGUCACUGAAACGGGGUCCACCACGGAAGCCACCACGCAUGGACCCACGUCCUCAGGAGCAACUUUCACGAGUACGCCGAUUGUAACAGGAACGAGUAGCCCCCUAACAACCACGAGCACUGGGAGCCCUCCGACAGGAUCAGUUACCAUCACCACCGCUACGGUGACGCCAUCAGAAACGUUGCCCCCAGUGUCCCCCACCACCACGCAUCCAUCACCGCCACCAGGGUCAACAAGCCCACUGUCAGUCACGACGUCUGGAGUCACUGAAACGGGGUCCACCACAGAAGCCACCACGCGUGGACCCACGUCCUCAGGAACAGCCUCCCCCAGGACGCCGAUUGUAACAGGAGUGAGUAGCCCCCUAACAACCACGAGCACUGGGAGCCCUCCGACAGGAUCAGUUACUGCCACCACCACUACGGUGACGCCAUCAGAAACGUUGCCCCCAGUGUCCCCCACCACCUCCCGUCCAUCACCGCCACCAGGGUCAACAAGCCCCCUGUCAGUCACGACGUCUGGAGUCACUGAAACGGGGUCCACCACGGAAGCCACCACACGUGGACCCACAUCCUCCGGAACAUCUUUCACGAGUACGCCGAUUGUAACAGGAGUGAGUAGCCCCCUAACAACCAGAAGCACUGGGAGCCCUCCGACAGGAUCGACCACCGCCACCACCGCUAUGGUGACGCCAUCAGAAACGUUGCCCCCAUUGUCCCCCACCACCACGCGUCCAUCACCACCACCAGGGUCAACAAGCCCCCUGUCAGUCACGACGUCUGGAGUCACUGAAACGGGGUCCACCACGGAAGCCACCACGCGCGGACCCACGUCCUCAGGAGCAACUUUCACGAGUACGCCGAUUGUAACAGGAAUGAGUAGCCCCCUAACAACCACGAGCACUGGGAGUCCUCCGACAGGUUCAGUUACCACCACCACUGCUACGGUGACGCCAUCAGAAACAUUGCCCCCAUUGUCCCCCACCACCUCCCGUCCAUCACCGCCACCAGGGUCAACAAGCCCACUGUCAGUCACGACGUCUGGAGUCACUGAAACGGGGUCCACCACGGAAGCCACCACGCGCGGACCCACGUCCUCAGGAGCAACUUUCACGAGUACGCCGAUUGUAACAGGAGUGAGUAGCCCCCUAACAACCAGAAGCACUGGGAGCCCUCCGAGAGGAUCGACCACCGCCACCACCGCUACAGUGACGCCAUCAGAAACGUUGCCCCCAUUGUCCCCCACCACCACGCGUCCAUCACCGCCACCAGGGUCAACAAGCCCACUGUCAGUCACGACGUCUGGAGUCACUGAAACGGGGUCCACCACGGAAGCCACCACGCGUGGACCCACGUCCUCAGUAACAGCCUCCCCCAGGACGCCGAUUGUAACAGGAACGAGUAGCCCCCUAACAACCACGAGCACUGGGAGCCCUCUGACAGGAUCAGUUACCACCACCACCGCUACGGUGACGCCAUCAGAAACGUUGCCCCCAUUGUCCCCCACCACCACGCAUCCAUCACCGCCACCAGGGUCAACAAGCCCACUGUCAGUCACGACGUCUGGAGUCACUGAAACGGGGUCCACCACAGAAGCCACCACGCGAGGACCCACGUCCUCAGGAGCAACUUUCACGAGUACGCCGAUUGUAACAGGAGUGAGUAGCCCCCUAACAACCACGAGCACUGGGAGCCCUCCGACAGGAUCAGUUACCAUCACCACCGCUACGGUGACGCCAUCAGAAACAUUGCCCCCAUUGUCCCCCACCACCACGCGUCCAUCACCGCCACCAGGGUCAACAAGCCCACUGUCAGUCACGACGUCUGGAGUCACUGAAACGGGGUCCACCACAGAAGCCACCACGCGAGGACCCACGUCCUCAGUAACAGCCUCCCCCACGACGCCGAUUGUAACAGGAACGAGUAGCCCCCUAACAACCACGAGCACUGGGAGCCCUCCGACAGGAUCGACCACCGCCACCACCGCUACGGUGACACCAUCAGAAACGUUGCCCCCAUUGUCCCCCACCACCACGCGUCCAUCACCACCACCAGGGUCAACAAGCCCACUGUCAGUCACGACAUCUGGAGUCACUGAAACAGGGUCCACCACGGAAGCCACCACGCAUGGACCCACGUCCUCAGGAGCAACUUUCACGAGUACGCCGAUUGUAACAGGAACGAGUAGCCCCCUAACAACCACGAGCACUGGGAGCCCUCCGACAGGAUCAGUUACCACCACCACCGCUACGGUGACGCCAUCAGAAACGUUGCCCCCAUUGUCCCCCACCACCACGCGUCCAUCACCGCCACCAGGGUCAACAAGCCCCCUGUCAGUCACGACGUCUGGAGUCACUGAAACGGGGUCCACCACGGAAGCCACCACGCGCGGACCCACGUCCUCAGGAACAUCUUUCACGAGUACGCCGAUUGUAACAGGAGUGAGUAGCCCCCUAACAACCACGAGCACUGGGAGCCCUCCGACAGGAUCAGUUACCGCCACCACCGCUACAGUGACGCCAUCAGAAACGUUGCCCCCAUUGUCCCCCACCACCUCCCGUCCAUCACCGCCACCAGGGUCAACAAGCCCCCUGUCAGUCACGACGUCUGGAGUCACUGAAACGGGGUCCACCACGGAAGCCACCACGCGUGGACCCACGUCCUCAGGAGCAACUUUCACGAGUACGCCGAUUGUAACAGGAGUGAGUAGCCCCCUAACAACCACGAGCACUGGGAGCCCUCCAACAGGAUCGACCACCGCCACCACCGCUACGGUGACGCCAUCAGAAACAUUGCCCCCAUUGUCCCCCACCACCACGCGUCCAUCACCACCACCAGGGUCAACAAGCCCACUGUCAGUCACGACAUCUGGAGUCACUGAAACGGGGUCCACCACGGAAGCCACCACGCGAGGACCCACGUCCUCAGGAACAGCCUCCCCCAGGACGCCGAUUGUAACAGGAACGAGUAGCCCCCUAACAACCACGAGCACUGGGAGCCCUCCGACAGGAUCAGUUACUGCCACCACCGCUACGGUGACACCAUCAGAAACAUUGCCCCCAUUGUCCCCCACCACCACGCAUCCAUCACCGCCACCAGGGUCAACAAGCCCCCUGUCAGUCACGACGUCUGGAGUCACUGAAACGGGGUCCACCACGGAAGCCACCACGCGUGGACCCACGUCCUCAGGAACAGCCUCCCCCAGGACGCCGAUUGUAACAGGAGCGAGUAGCCCCCUAACAACCACGAGCACUGGGAGCCCUCCGACAGGAUUAGUUACCACCACCACUGCUACGGUGACGCCAUCAGAAACGUUGCCCCCAUUGUCCCCCACCACCUCCCGUCCAUCACCGCCACCAGGGUCAACAAGCCCACUGUCAGUCACGACGUCUGGAGUCACUGAAACGGGGUCCACCACCGAAGCCACCUCUUUGGGACCACCCCUAACAUCAGUUAUAACUACCCCAGUGUUCACCACGGUAUCGGGAACAGUUGAAAGCACAUCAGCUGGUACUGUUUCUGGAUCUACUGUUCCUUUUUCGACAUUAGCCAGCUUUACCACCCAUUCUGAAACAACAUCUGUACAGUCAUCUUCAUCUCUAGUAAACACUUUUCCAGUCUUAGUCGUUACUUCUGGUACAACUCCAACAGAGUCAUUCACCACCACUUCAGGAACAACUUCUACUAGUUCCGCCGCUACCCCUGUAAACACCACCACCACCUCUUCACAAAUAGUUUCACUUGUCUCAGCUAGUACCUCUGGGCCAACUACUGUCUCAAGCACAGUCACCAUUUCAGGAACUUCUACUUACAAAACAGUUACUGCAGUUAGUUCAACAAGUGCUGUACCAUCAACCACCCCUGGAAAAUACUGUUCUAUUUUCCCUAAUCAAUCUAUUCCGUCAGGUGACUCAUGGUGGAUUUGUAACUGCACGAAGGCAGUAUGUAUAGAAGACAACAAAAUUGAGGUUAUUCCAGUAAUCUGUAAUCCACCUCCUAAACCCAGUUGUACCAAUGGGCUUGCUCCUGUGCGAGUUAUUGAUGAGGAUGGAUGCUGUUGGCAUUGGGAGUGUGAUUGUUACUGCACAGGCUGGGGAGACCCUCAUUAUGUGACUUUUGAUGGACAGUACUACAGCUAUCAAGGGAACUGUACAUACGUCCUUGUGGAAGAGAUUAAUAAAUCAGUUGACAACUUUGGCGUCUACAUUGAUAACUACCAUUGUGAGGCACACGAUCCAGUCUCCUGUCCACGAACGCUCAUUGUGAGACAUGAGACUCAGGAAGUGCGCAUAGCAACAGUCCAACCAAAUUCUCUAAAAGUAGAGGUGACAGUAAACAAACAGGCAGUGGCUUUGCCUUACAAAAAAUUUGGUUUGCGUGUCUAUGAGUCAGGCAUAAAUCGUGUGGUGGAAAUUCCUGAACUUAAGAUGAAUGUAACCUACAAUGGCUUGACCUUUUCUAUCAGAAUGCCCUACAGCCUAUUUGGCAACAACACUCAAGGACAGUGUGGUACUUGCAAUAAUAACACAGCAGAUGACUGCAUGUUACCAAAUGGAAACAUUGCAGAAGACUGUGAAACCAUGGCAGAUCAUUGGCAAGUUGUUGAUCCCUCUAAACCACAGUGCUCUACAGGCAUAAUUCCUGCAAAGAGGCCCAGCACAACCAUAGGCCAGCCCUGCAAAGAAUCUUCUAUCUGCCAGCUUCUUUUAGGAAGCGUGUUCGAGAAGUGCCAUAAAUCCGUUGAUCCGGAGAAGUACUACACGGCCUGCGUUUUUGACAGUUGCACACUUCCCCAGUUAGACCUGGAAUGCUCAAGUUUGCAGGUCUAUGCUGCCACCUGUGCUGAUCAAGGCAUCUGCAUUGACUGGAGAACUCAUACCAGUGGUGUUUGCUCUUAUAAGUGCCCUGCACACAAGGAAUAUAGAGCAUGUGGUCCUAUUAAAGAGAUAACCUGCAAAUCAAGUGCAGAGCAGCAAAGCCAAACCGAAACUGAAGAAGUGGAAGGCUGUUUCUGUCCUAAUGGAACAGUGCUGUAUGACUCUGGUGUGGAUGUUUGUGUAAAAACUUGUGGUUGUGUUGGAUUGGAUAAUAUACCAAGAGAGUAUGGGGAAGAGUUUACAGUAGACUGUCAGGACUGUACUUGCCUGGAAGGUGGAAAUGGCAUUGUGUGUGAGGCUCACACAUGUGCCGAACAAAAUAAGAUCAAUUGUGGUGGAGAAGGCUUCUAUAAUGUCACUGAAGUCAAUUCUGAAGAUGCCUGCUGCCCCAUUAUCACCUGCAAAUGCAAUACAAGCUUGUGCACAACUAAACCCCCCAAGUGUGAGCUGGGAUUUGAAGUUUAUUCUGAUAUUCCCAGUGAUCAAUGCUGUCCUGUGUACCAGUGUGUUUCCAAGAGGGUUUGCGUACAUCAGAAUGCCGAGUUCUUGCCUAAUUCCUCAGUCUUUGUUGAUAAGUGUCAGAAUUGUUUCUGCACUAAUGAAGUUAACGUCACCACUCAACUGAAUGUCAUCUCGUGUGAAUAUGUUCCUUGUGACACAUACUGUGAACCAGGAUAUGAACGUCAACCAGUGGAAGGUGAAUGUUGUGGAAAAUGUGUGCAGACUAAGUGUGUUAUAUAUACCGCAGAAAGUUCUGUCCUCGUCUUGAGUCCUGGAGAGUUUGAAAAUGAUCCUUACAACAACUGCACCAUUUAUAGUUGUGUAAAUAUUCAGAAUCAUCUUAUCUCCUCCACAUCUGAGAUUACCUGCCCAGCAUUCAAUGAGGAGAGCUGCAAACCUGGAACUGUUACAUUCCUACCUAACGGUUGCUGUAAAACAUGUGCACCUCUGGAUAGCCCGACACCAUGCUCUGUCCGUCAAAGACAAGACUUUAUUGUCUAUCAGGGCUGCUAUUCUGUGACAAGAGUUAACUUGACUGAAUGUGAAGGAACAUGUGGAACCUCCUCUCUAUACUCUGCGGAGGCCAAUUCUAUAGAGCACAGCUGUUCGUGCUGCAGGGAAGCAGAGACUAGUGUGAGGGAAGUGGAACUGAAAUGCCCCACUGGGAACUCAACAACACAUAAGUAUGUGUAUGUGGAAAGCUGCAGUUGUCAAGACACUGUAUGUGACAUCUCAAAGUCUGAAGAAUCCACAAGCACAGAAGAAAAUGACGAGAGCGCUCUGAACCGUAUCAAGAGGGCUAUCAGCUUAACAUCAAACUGAAGGGGAAAAAACUAACAGCACUUAAGAGACUAUGCACCAUUCUCAUCUUCCUUGAUUAGUUCAGAACUUUGCUUUUCCCAGUUACUGUAUCCUAUGUGUUUUCUGAUUAUUUUUAACAAUGCUCUAAUUUAUUUGUGUGCAAAAGUAGGGGGAACUUUCUUCCAAGUGUAUAGUCUUUUGGGUCCAUUUGUAAUCAGCUUAUUUGCUCUGAAUGAUUAAAAGCACAUUUCAAAAA